GCCCCCUCUGCUGGGUGCCUGGAUCCCGAGCGCCAACUUCUGCAAAGUUCGCCGCCCGGUGAGAGCACGUGGGCGCCUGCGGGCAGCCGGCUCGGCCUACCCUCCUCCAUCGGACGCGGCGGGCGGCCUCGCCUGGCGCCGCACGGGGGACGCGCAGCACCGCCGCCCGGUCCCGCCGCCUGCACUCCCGGCUCCCGGCGGCGGCUUCAGCAGCAGCAGCAGCCGCCACCGCCGCCGCCGCGCGGCCCGGGGGGCGGGAACGGGGCGGGCCGCCGGCGCUCCGCUCCCGGAAGCGGCGGGUUCUCGGGCUCCCGCCCAGGGGACCGGCGCGGCCGCCGGAGCUCCAGCAUCCCCGCCGGCGCCUCCCGGAGCGGCGCGACCCCGGCGGCGAGAUGCUGCCCGUGUACCCGGACGUGAAGCCCAACCCGCUGCAGAACGCCAACCUCUGCUCGCGCGUGUUCUUCUGGUGGCUGAACCCCUUGUUUAAAAUUGGGCACAAACGGAGGUUAGAGGAAGAUGACAUGUAUUCGGUGCUUCCAGAAGAUCGCUCCAAGCAUCUGGGAGAGGAGUUGCAAGGGUGCUGGGAUAAAGAAGUUUCCAGAGCUGAGAAAGACGCACGGAAGCCUUCUUUAACGAAAGCCAUCAUAAAGUGUUACUGGAAAUCCUAUGCAGUUCUGGGAGUUUUUACGCUCAUUGAGGAAGGCACCAAAGUAAUCCAGCCCAUAUUUUUGGGGAAAAUUAUUAAUUAUUUUGAAAACCAUGAUCCUACUAAGGCUGUGGCUUUGCACGAAGCCUAUCUCUACGCCACGGUGCUGACUGUCUGUACGCUUAUCCUGGCCAUACUGCACCAUCUGUACUUCUACCACGUUCAGUGCGCGGGCAUGAGGCUGCGCAUCGCCAUGUGUCACAUGAUUUAUCGGAAGGCGCUUCGCCUCAGUAACGUGGCCAUGGGGAAGACGACCACCGGCCAGAUCGUCAAUCUGCUGUCCAACGACGUGAACAAGUUCGACCAGGUGACAAUAUUCUUGCACUUUCUGUGGGCAGGGCCACUGCAGGCGAUCGCAGUGACUGCCUUGCUCUGGAUGGAAAUCGGAAUAUCCUGUCUUGCUGGGAUCGCAGUCCUCAUCAUCCUUCUGCCCUUGCAAAGCUGCAUCGGGAAGUUGUUUUCAUCAUUCCGGAGUAAGACCGCAGCCUUCACAGACGUCAGGAUCAGGACCAUGAAUGAGGUUAUAACCGGCGUAAGAAUAAUAAAAAUGUAUGCUUGGGAGAAGUCAUUUGCAGACCUUAUCACCCACUUGAGACGGAAGGAAAUUUCCAAGAUUCUGAGCAGUUCCUACCUCAGAGGAAUGAAUUUAGCAUCAUUUUUCGUUGCAAGCAAAAUCAUCAUUUUCGUGACUUUCACCACCUAUGUGCUCCUUGGCAAUGUGAUCACAGCGAGCCACGUGUUCGUGGCCGUGUCGCUGUAUGGCGCUGUGCGGUUGACCGUCACCCUCUUCUUCCCCGCGGCCAUUGAGAAGGUGUCCGAGGCGGUCAUCAGCAUCCAAAGGAUCAAGAACUUUCUGUUGCUUGACGAGAUCUCACAGCGCACCCCACAGCUGCCAUCAGAUGGUAAAACCAUAGUGCAUGUGCAGGACGUCACUGCCUUUUGGGAUAAGACAUCAGAAACGCCAACCCUACAAGACCUUUCCUUUACUGUGAGGCCGGGGGAAUUGUUAGCAGUGAUCGGACCUGUGGGAGCAGGAAAGUCGUCGCUGUUGAGCACCGUCCUCGGCGAGCUGCCCCGGAGCCGGGGGCUGGUCAGCGUGCAUGGAAGGAUCGCUUACGUUUCUCAGCAGCCCUGGGUGUUUUCGGGAACUGUGAGGAGUAACAUUUUAUUUGGGAAGAAAUAUGAGAAGGAACGAUACGAGAAAGUGAUAAAGGCCUGCGCUUUGAGAAAGGAUUUGCAGCUUUUGGAGGAUGGAGAUUUAACCGUGAUAGGUGAUCGGGGAGCCACGCUGAGCGGGGGGCAGAAGGCCCGGGUGAACCUCGCCAGAGCAGUGUAUCAGGACGCAGACAUCUACCUCCUGGACGAUCCUCUCAGUGCAGUGGACGCAGAAGUUGGCCGGCACUUGUUCGAACUGUGUAUUUGUCAAACCUUGCACGAGAAGAUCACAAUCUUAGUGACUCACCAGUUGCAGUACCUAAAAGCUGCAAGUCAGAUUCUGAUAUUGAAAGAUGGCAAGAUGGUACAGAAGGGGACUUACACGGAGUUUCUGAAAUCUGGGGUGGAUUUCGGCUCCCUUUUAAAGACGGAGAAUGAGGAGGCUGACCAGAGUCCUGCUCCAGGAUCUCCCGUCCUGAGGACUCGGAGCUUCUCCGAGUCUUCCGUUUGGUCCCAGCAGUCGUCCAGACCCUCGCUGAAAGACGGCGUGCAGGAGGUCCAGACGAACGAGAACAUACCGGCUGCUGUGUCCGAGGAGAGUCGUUCAGAGGGAAAAGUUGGUUUUAAGGCCUACAAGAAUUACCUAGUGGCCGGCGCUCACUGGCUGGUCAUUGUGUUCCUCAUUCUGUUAAACGUCGUAGCUCAGGUCACCUACGUUCUUCAGGACUGGUGGCUCUCCUACUGGGCAAAUGAACAAAGUGCCCUGAAUGUCACGGUAAAUGGAACAGAAAAUGUCACUGAGAAGGUCGAUCUUGCCUGGUACUUAGGAAUUUAUUCAGGUUUAACGGUGGCUACCGUCCUUUUCGGCAUAGCGAGAUCUCUUUUGGUAUUCUACGUCCUCGUUCAUUCUUCACAAACUCUGCACAACAAAAUGUUCGAGUCCAUUCUGAGAGCUCCGGUGUUGUUCUUUGAUAGAAACCCAAUAGGAAGAAUUUUAAAUCGUUUCUCCAAAGACAUUGGGCACAUGGAUGACUUGCUACCCCUGACGUUUCUAGAUUUCUUCCAGACAUUUCUACAGGUUCUUGGUGUGGUGGGCGUGGCGGUGGCUGUCAUUCCGUGGAUCGCAAUUCCUCUGAUCCCCCUUGGCAUCCUUUUCUUUGUUCUUCGGCGGUAUUUCUUAGAAACGUCGAGAGAUGUCAAACGCCUGGAAUCUACAACACGGAGUCCGGUGUUCUCCCACUUGUCGUCCUCUCUCCAGGGACUCUGGACCAUCCGGGCGUAUAAAGCUGAGGAGAGGUUCCAGGAACUGUUCGAUGCUCACCAGGAUUUGCAUUCAGAGGCAUGGUUCUUGUUCCUGACAACGUCCCGAUGGUUCGCCGUGCGUCUGGAUGCCAUCUGCGCCAUCUUUGUCAUUAUUGUUGCCUUCGGGUCCUUGAUUCUGGCAACGACUGUAGAUGCUGGGCAGGUUGGCCUGGCGUUGUCUUACGCCCUCACCCUCAUGGGGAUGUUCCAGUGGUGCGUCCGGCAGAGUGCCGAAGUGGAGAAUAUGAUGAUUUCAGUGGAAAGGGUGAUGGAGUAUACAGACCUUGAGAAAGAAGCCCCUUGGGAGUACCAGAACCGCCCUCCACCCAACUGGCCCCAAGAAGGCACGAUCGUCUUUGACAACGUUAGCUUCUCCUACAGUUUAGAUGGGCCUCUGGUUCUGAAGCACCUGACAGCACUCAUUAAAUCAAAGGAAAAGGUCGGCAUUGUGGGAAGAACAGGAGCUGGAAAAAGUUCCCUCAUCUCGGCCCUUUUUAGAUUGUCAGAACCGGAAGGUAAAAUUUGGAUUGAUAAGAUCUUGACAACUGAAAUUGGACUUCACGAUUUAAGGAAGAAAAUGUCCAUCAUACCUCAGGAACCUGUUUUAUUCACUGGAACAAUGAGAAAGAAUCUGGAUCCCUUUAAUGAGCAUACGGAUGAGGAACUAUGGAAUGCCUUAACAGAGGUACAGCUUAAAGAAGCCAUUGAAGAACUUCCUGGCAAACUGGACACCGAAUUAGCAGAAUCGGGAUCGAACUUCAGUGUUGGACAGAGACAACUGGUGUGCCUCGCCAGGGCCAUCCUCAGGAGAAACCGGAUAUUGAUCAUUGAUGAAGCGACAGCAAACGUGGAUCCAAGAACUGACGAAUUGAUACAAAAAAAAAUCCGUGAGAAAUUUGCCCAGUGCACCGUGUUAACCAUUGCCCACAGGUUGAACACCAUUAUUGACAGCGACAAGAUCAUGGUUUUGGAUUCAGGAAGACUGAAGGAGUAUGAUGAACCCUAUGUUUUGCUGCAGAAUGAAGAAAGCCUGUUUCACAAGAUGGUACAGCAGCUGGGCAAGGCAGAAGCUGCUGCCCUCACCGAAACAGCAAAACAGGAGUAUUUCAAAAGGAAUUACCCAGAUAUUACUCACAGAGACCACGUGAUUAUGAAUGCUUCCAAUGGACAGCCCUCAGCCUUCACUAUUUUUGAGACAGCGCUGUGAUCCUACCCCAACAUCAAGUCUGUUCCAAAGGCAUUUUUGUAUAGUUUCUGCACUGUGUAACUAUAUAUUGUACUUUUUACACUAGCAAAAAAUAUUUUACACAUACAAGAUGUUUGGAGUUUUCCUCCGACUUCACUUGGUGAUUUCAAGCUUGAGCAGGAUGAUGUACUAUUUUUUUAUUUAUAUAUUAUAGUUUGUUUGUUUUUUUCUUAUCCAAAUCACAGGUGCAGGACACCAGUAAAAGCUGUUAACCAGGUCUGGUGCCUUAAAGAGACGUCAGAGCCAAACCUCAUUUUGUUAGGUAUAAGACAAAGUUGUCACAGACUUUUCUUUUUCUUUUUUUACUGCCCUCCCAAAUUACAUAUUACUUUCCAGUGAUAUCAGGGAUUCUAUUUACUUGAAGACUGUGUGAAGUUGCCGUUUUGUUUGGCCACUUCCUUUAACAUCAGGGGGAUCCAUUAUUUCUCCCCAGAGGCCUCUGGUUGAAAUCGUACAGAUACAACUAAUAGGACAAACUGAAAAUACACUUUAAGGGACAUUAGAGUGACCCCCUCCCAAAAAGGAUAUAUGCUUGACACACAGGAGGGCGGUGUUUAAUGACACGUGCUGAAAGACAAGGAAGAGAACAUCAUGCCUCCUCACCAUGGGUGACUUGAUCACGAAGGACACACAUGUGACCAUCGGUCACCUUCUGGAUGUGCGCACCUCCACCACGGGCACCACUUCUGCCCCAGGGCUCAGCGUGGUGACAUUUUCCGGAAAGACCCAACCACUAGCUAUAAUUCUGGAUCACAGAGCAGUCGUCUUAUCUGGAUUUCUGGCUCACUGCCCCCUAACGGUCUGUUGACUAAAAGCCUUUUUGAUUUAGCCUUUCUUGCCAUCCUUGUUAUGCUGCACACGCAGGCUUUCCUGACUUGGCGAGGAAGCCCAAACCUCUUCGGCAAAGAUGGCAAUGACUGUGCACUGUGUUCUCGGGGUGCACCCAGGGGCUGCCCAGGUUAUUCUCCUUCUGACCACUACUAGUGCUUCGUUUGGGUCUUUCUGAUGAGUGACUCUGCAAACUGCUCUACUCUCCAGGCCUGCUGCACUUUAUUUGAACCAUGGGUCUUUUCGUUCUUCUGGAUGGUGGCUCCGGUGCGUGAGUUCAGGUUGCUAAAGGUUUUACGGUUGCGGUUCUACGUAGAUGCUCGUGACCUCCAGGUGAAGGCGUGGCCACCGUCGAGUCGCCUGUAUUCAUCGAUACGCCCUCAAUACAGCGGAUCUGGGCACUCUUCAAAGAGAGAAACAGAUGUUUCAUACCAUCAAGCCUUAAAAAGCACACCCAGCAAACUACACAAGAUACACUGAGUGCAGUCGCUGUUGGACUCCUUGUAUUUAGAAAUGAUAAGGUGAACGUCUAGUUCAGCAGGUCAGUAAGUCGUUCCGUAGUCGUGGGUAGUAUUUCAGGAGACUGAAGGACAACAAUGAUGACAAUGAGGUUUGUUAACACAGCGGAAAUACUGGAAACAUGUAUACGCUUUUUUGGUCUCUAGAGGUGAAAGGCAGUUUAAAAAAAAUGUUUCUAUUUUAUUUCUGUUUUAAUGUCAUAGCAUUUUUUUUUCUAA